UUGAGGAGUUUUAGUGCGCAGCCAAUCGUCGACGCAAACCAGCAAACGCUCAAUCUAUACUGCACAUAGCGAGGCUUGGAGUGGGAGGGGGCGCUUGGAAGCAAAACAUGGCGAAAUAACAAGUUUGCUCGUCAGACGCCGUUUUGAGGUUGGGCACGAUAUACCGCAGUGUUGGAUUUACAACUCCCGAGUGCUCCAAUCUGGAUGGUGGACACGGACGCGACGCGCAACUUUAAAGAGUCGAGGGCCCGGUUUAGAUUAAGUGUUGCGGGGUUUAGUCCAGAACACACCGCCCGCCUGACUGUGUUUUUCCGGAAAGGUUGGCAUCGGUGGGCGCGACUGUCAACAUAGAAAAUGAAAGAAGAAGCAAAGUUUAUUGCAGACGAGACUGUUUAGCCUGCUGUUUUAGCCGCAUUAGCUAACCAGUCAAAGAGCAUUUGAUUGCGCCCACCUGUCUCUUCGCAACGCCGAAUUUGGGAUUAUUUCGGAAGUUGAACAACCGCGGACCCAUUCGAAAGACUCUUAUAACAAUACCUUCGGGGAUAGUUACUUAAAAUAUUAGUGCCAGUUUGAUAGGCGGUUCUGGUGCGGUACUGAAGGAACGGGCGCCAUCACGUUGCGUUCGCUUGAAAAAAAACAUUGCGUAUUUUGGCAAUUUAUUUUCCUUUUUACUCCGUUAAUACAUUGUUGCCAUUUUUCGGAAUGCCUCCCAUGACACCGCAGCUGGCUUGUUAUUUAAAAUCGAAGACAUCUUGUUGAAAUGAACGCAGCAAGGUGUUCAACAGUGGAGGUGCACUGCUUGGAAAAGCUGCCAGUUCGUCGAAGGGCGCCUGUGGCCGAAUUAGAGUAAAAGUUUGUAGAAAUAAAUGAUAUCUUUUAAAUCGGUCGUGCUAUUAUUUCAUUCCUCAAGACGAGAUUUGGAGAGUUGACGCGACCGAACCAGCUGCGAGCUCGAAACUGCGAUGUGUUUGCUCAUCUGAGUGCUGCAACAAUUUUCGCAAAUUGGACUGUCUAUUGCGGCCAUUUAAGAUCACCAACGGUGCCACCUUCACACCUUCAAAGUGCUCCUUGUGAAAAAUCUGGCUAACUUGAUAAGCUAACGUUGCAAGUUUGGCCAGCCAUGUCUGAAAACGCCCCCACGCGAAGCCUGGAUGACAUCGACCUGGCAGCUCUGAGGGAUCCAGCUGGAAUCUUUGAGCUGGUUGAGGUGGUCGGCAAUGGGACAUAUGGGCAAGUAUACAAGGGCCGCCAUGUUAAGACGGGCCAGCUCGCGGCCAUCAAGGUGAUGGAUGUUACGGAGGAGGAAGAGGAGGAAAUCAAAGCUGAAAUCAACAUGCUGAAAAAAUACAGUCACCACCGCAACAUAGCCACGUAUUACGGUGCCUUCGUCAAGAAGAGUCCACCAGGACACGAUGACCAGCUUUGGUUGGUGAUGGAGUUCUGCGGCGCCGGCUCGGUGACCGACUUGGUGAAAAACACAAAGGGCAGCUCUCUGAAGGAGGACUGGAUCGCGUACAUCUGCAGAGAAAUCCUAAGGGGCCUUUCCCACCUGCACACCCAUAAAGUCAUCCAUAGAGACAUCAAGGGCCAGAAUGUUCUUCUCACAGAGAAUGCAGAGGUCAAACUCGUUGAUUUUGGAGUCAGCGCUCAGUUAGACAGAACCGUGGGCCGUAGAAACACCUUCAUCGGUACGCCUUACUGGAUGGCGCCGGAGGUCAUCGCCUGCGACGAGAACCCCGACUCCACCUACGACUACAGGAGCGACAUCUGGUCCUUGGGAAUCACCGCCAUCGAAAUGGCCGAAGGAGCGCCGCCACUGUGUGACAUGCAUCCAAUGAGAGCCCUCUUCCUGAUUCCCCGGAAUCCCCCUCCUAAACUUAAAUCCAAAAAGUGGUCCAAGAAAUUUAUUGACUUUAUCGAGGCCUGCCUCGUGAAGACGUAUCCCAGCCGACCAUCCACAGAGCAGCUGCUCAAGCACUCCUUCAUCAGGGACCAGCCCACCGAGCGGCAGGUCCGGAUUCAACUCAAAGACCACAUUGACCGGACGCGCAAAAAAAGGGGAGAGAAAGAGGAGACGGAGUACGAGUACAGCGGCAGCGAUGAAGACGAUGAGAAUCGAAGCGAUGACAGAGAGUCGAGCUCAAUCCUCAACGUGCCCGGAGAGUCCACCCUCCGUCGGGACUUCCAGCGUCUCCAACAAGAGAACAAGGAGCGGUCGGAGGCUCACAAGAGACAGCAGGCCCAAUUGGCCGCUCAGCGCCGGGACCCUGAGGAGCACAAGAGGCAAUUGCUGCACGACAGACAGAAACGCAUUGAAGAGCAAAAAGAGCAGCGGCGACGACUGGAAGAGCAACAGAGAAAGGAGCGAGAGAUGGUGAGGCAGCAAGAAAAAGGUCCCCAUCGGAGACUUGACGAUAUGAGACGGGAGGAAGAUAGAAGACUGGCCGAAAGAGAGCAGGAGUUUAUAAGACAUAAGUUAGAAGAAGAGCAACGGCAGCUCGAAAUCCUCCAGCAGCAGCUGCUUCAGGAGCAGGCAUUGCUUAUGGAGUACAAACGUAAGCAGCUGGAGGAGCAGCGUCAGUCAGAGCGGCUGCAGAGGCAGCUUCAACAGGAGCAUGCUUACUUGGUGUCGCUGCAGCAACAGCAACAGGAAAGGAAGCCCCAACUCUACCACUACAACAAAAACUUGGAGCCCAAUAAUAAACCCACAUGGGCCCGUGAGGUGGAGGAGCGAAGCAAGCUCAACAGACAGGGCUCUCCGAAAAUCUGUACCACCGUCUCUGACACGGCCAUCCAGUCACGCUCGGACUCAAUCGGCCCGUCUGGAGCGGCCCAGUCUGCUCAGACGCCCCCGAUGCAGAGGCCCGUUGAACCUCAAGGGGGGCAGGGCAAGUUGCAGAUGGCUCACUUGGUUCCACUAAAGCCUUACGCCGCCCCUGUCCCACGCUCCCAGUCUCUCUGCGACCAGCCUACUAAGACCAUGUCCGCAUUCCCUACCCAGGACCCCUCCCUCGCCCCCACGCCCCGACCCAUCCACUCCAGAGAGCUAGUGCGUCAGAACUCAGACCCUACGUCUGAGACCCCCGCGCCACUGAUGCACCAAAUCAGGGAGGAUCAUGGGCCCUGGAUCCGCUUGCCAGAUGUGGAACUCCCACCCAAGAUUCCCCAGAGAACAGCAUCAAUUGCAACAGCUCUCAACACCAACCUGACUUCUGGCAUCAGGCAUCCAGUGAGAGCCAGUAAUCCGGAUCUCAGCCGAAACGAUCGCUGGGAGAGAGGCGAUAAUAUUGGCAUCAUAUCUGAUCUCCCGCAGACGGGCUCGUUGGAAAGGCAUCGCAUCCUCAGUACCUCCAAGAUGGAGUCGCCCAUUCUAUCCCAGGAUAGUCGUCACAAGCCAGGGGAGUCUCGCACCUCUUCUCGCCCAGGGCGUCCUGCUAGUUACAAGAGAGCUAUAGGAGAGGAUCACGGCCUCUUUGCCAAAGAGCGUGCUGAAGAACAACCCAGGCCUCCAGUCAAGGCCAAUGAUUACUCCUCCUCCUCAGAGAGUAGUGAGAGUAGUGAGGAGAGCGAAAACGGAGAAGGAGCUGAAGAGGAUGAAAGUCCAUCUGAUCGCCACAGGGACGCAGACACGGAUUCGGUCAACACCAUGGUGGUUCAUGAAGUUGAGGGCGAGGAGGCAGAAGGAGAGCAAGCUGGAGGUUAUGGAGAUCAGACCAUGUUGGUACAAAGGACCCCUGAGAAGCGGAGCCACAAUGGCUACACUAACUUACCAGAUGUGGUGCAGCCCUCACACUCCCCCACUGAUUCCGCCACUCACUCCUCCCCUGGGAAGGACUCUGUGUAUGAUUAUCAGUCCAGAUGUUUGGUCAAGGCACCUGGCAAGUCCUCCUUCACCACCUUUGUGGAUCUUGGAAUGUACCAGACACCGGGAGGUACCGGGGAUAACAUUUCUGUUACAAGCUCAAGGUUUGAACAGCUGAAGAUGGAGGUCAGGAAGGGUUCCAUGGUGAACGUGAAUCCCACCAACACACGCCCCCCUACUGACACACCUGAGAUCCGAAAGUACAAGAAGAGGUUCAACUCUGAGAUCCUGUGUGCGGCGCUUUGGGGUGUGAACCUGUUGGUGGGGACAGAGAAUGGUUUGAAAUUGCUGGACCGCAGUGGACAGGGCAAAGUUUAUCCACUCAUCAACUCGCGCCGGUUCCAGCAGAUGGAUGUUUUGGAGGGCCUCAAUCUGCUCAUCACCAUUUCAGGCAAGAAAAACAAGGUGCGUGUCUACUACCUGGCCUGGCUGAGGAAUAAGAUCCUCCACAAUGACCCCGAAGUGGAGAAGAAGCAAGGCUGGACCACUGUGGGCGAGAUGGAGGGCUGCGUGCACUACAAAGUUGUGAAAUACGAGAGGAUAAAGUUCCUUGUGAUUGCUUUGAAGAAUGCCGUGGAAGUGUAUGCUUGGGCGCCCAAGCCUUAUCACAAAUUCAUGGCCUUCAAGUCCUUUGCAGACCUGCCACACAGGCCAGUCCUUGUGGACCUGACAGUGGAGGAGGGUCAGCGGUUAAAGGUCAUCUACGGCUCCUGUGCCGGCUUCCACGCCAUCGACGUGGACUCCGGAAACAACUAUGACAUUUACAUCCCCGUCCAUAUCCAGAGCCACGUGACGCCGCACGCCAUCGUGUUCCUGCCCAGUUCCGACGGCAUGGAGAUGCUUCUGUGCUACGAGGAUGAGGGCGUCUAUGUCAACACGUAUGGUCGCAUCAUCAAGGAUGUGGUCCUGCAGUGGGGCGAAAUGCCGACGUCUGUCGCUCACAUCUGCUCCAAUCAGAUCAUGGGCUGGGGAGAGAAAGCCAUUGAGAUUCGCUCAGUGGAGACUGGCCACUUGGAUGGCGUCUUCAUGCACAAGAGAGCUCAGAGGCUUAAGUUCCUGUGUGAGAGGAACGACAAGGUAUUCUUUGCCUCAGUGCGGUCGGGAGGCAGCAGCCAGGUGUACUUCAUGACCUUGAAUAGAAACUGCAUCAUGAACUGGUGAAGGAUGAGCAGCUUCGCUCUGAGCGGAGCCAGCAGGAUCUGGAGAUGGAAGCGCAUCUGACAUUGUCUUACACACACAGGCGAGCAUGCUCAUUCGCAUUCGUUUUUAUAUACACGUAUGCACGCAGACACACUGAUAACUCACGGAUAAAAACAAAACAAACCGCACGUGCGCUCUGAUAAAAAAUUCUCAAAAGGAGUCUUUAAAUUUUUUCAGAUCAGCUUCAUGGCCUCAAUAAUAAUUUCUCACACUGUACCCAUUACAAAAAGUCACUGAUGUUUCUAGCAUUUAUUUGUACUGUUUUGAUUCUUGUCCUGACUUCCCUUAAUUGGUGGAGUAUCGGCAACUGCUUAGUUCCUCAUUGUGAAGUACUGUACUGUAAAUUCCCGGAUGGCUCGCCAGGUGCAGAAAGCGUUAUUUACCAACACUGUAUGUUCAAGUUGAGCUGUAAAUAGCACAAAUCAUCUGCAGGUCUCCUCCGGUUUGCCGUCAUUGGUUGCGCGGCCGACUCAGAGGAUGCCGGCACACCCAUCUGCUGUGGCUUAAGGCUCCCAAAUUUCAUAGAGGCUUAAAAGGAAGAUUUGGGCCAGCUCAUCCAAAGUUCGAGCAAAUCUGGCAUUCCCGCUUUUGCGCGUGUCUCAGUCAUUGCAGAUUAGCUCUCGUUCGCUUCGAAAAGUUAUCAUAACUGAGCAGUACUCUGCGGCAGACAGUACUGUGAAAUGUCUUUUGUUGCUUUUUUGUUUCUUUUCUUCCGCCGAGGCAAACAAAUCAGCCUCGUCAAACUUGUACCUACCAUUUUUCAGAGAUUUACAACCAAUUUGAUAUUUAUCUGUAGUGAUUUUGAAUUACUGGUAUUCUUGAUUUUGCUCUACUGUAAUUAUAUUUCAGUGUUGUGCAGCCAUUGUUUGAGGAGAGUGUGUUAGCGUAUGUGGCUGAUUGUGUUAAAAGGGGCGCAGCGGGCUCUUCUACUCUAAAAUUCUCAAGUCGUCGCGUGGGUCUGUUAUGAGCCGCAGUGCGCCGCGGCUAAUAUUUGUUCUGAGCUGAUAGAAAGCCGACAUUUUAGCGUUAGAACCGAGAAUGGAUUUCUUUGUGUGCAUGGCUGAAGGUCAUGAUACUGUAUACACUGCUACAUGGGGGCUAAUGAAUACAAGCCAAAGGAAGUGAUCUUGCUAAGUUGAGAAGACUCUUUAACCCCCAAGAUAACGAAAACGCUCUUCUCCGUUAUGCGUACGGUGACACUGGUUUGCAAUAGAAAUACUGCAGGAGCCUUUGACAGCAGGGAUUUGUUGGCGUCGGAAGGAUGGCGUUGUCGCGCUAUGGCACAUUGUGGGCUCACGAGAUGUUGAUGUAUCGUCAAGCCAAAAGUGAUAGAUAUACAAAUAUAUAUAUAUAUCAAUGUACAAUAGCUCGAGCGGAAACUCGAGUGUGCAUGUCAGCCAUUGAAGUAUAAUAGUGUAUCAAAGUUGUUUUCCCCUUUUUUUUGAAGAUUGUGUUUCUUAAUUAUAGUUGUGUGCCAUGGCCUACAUUUCACAUUGGUUUGUUGCCAUGUGUGAUUUCUGCGGUUAUUUUACCAACCUGCCAUGUUUACAGUUUAAGCAGUGCCUUGGAGUUGGGACGACAAUGAUAGAAGCUAUUAUACAGUAGGUUGGGUUUAAGCCUCGCCCCCAAGUCGCUUAUUAAUUGCGGAGCAAGAGGUGUAAUUUCGACCCUCGUAUUAUUGAUUGUUAUCUGCCCCUUAAAGUGCACUUAAAUUGUUGAUAUGCGUAUUGACAUGCACAUAAACGAGACUAUUCAAUGAGUAUUAAUUCAGACAUCGGCAAUAACGAAGAGUUAAAUGUCCGGCCGUGUAAGGCUCAAACGUUUUUGGGGAAAAGUCCAGACGCGAGUGGGAACCGGCAUAGCGAAAAGCCAUACUUGUGAAUUUUGUCUAGUGACGUCCGCUCGUAAAUUGUCGCAGCAAAUAUGAAGUCGGCGCUUUACUCUUCAAUGUUGCUAAUGUAACGUAGUCAUGGGGAAAGUAGCCUGACUAUAUUUAGAGAAGUCUAUUUUAUAACAAUAAAAAUGUAUUAUGUAAAAUUAGGUUGAGACAUUACAGUGAAUGUACUUCUAUUUAAGAGAUUUGUAUUUCUAUAAAAAAUGUGUGCCGCUCUAUUAGUCAAAGCACAAUGUGUAACGGUCUGUUUUCUCAGUUGGUCGUCAGGUAGGAGACAAGCGAGUCAUCACGUGUUUCAAUGUUUUGCUGGAUCCAUCUGCUAAUAUGCUCAGGCGGUGACGGGACUUUGAGUGCAUGGACAUGGCCGGGUCACUUGAAGGCUUUUGGUUUUGAAGUUGAAAGAAAUGUGAGCGGGAAAAAUCCAGUUUUUGAUUGAGCUUCAUUCCCGAAUGAAAACACUGUUGCGUAACGUAUCUGCUAGAAUGCACAAACAAUCGCAGGUGACACUUUUCAUAUCAAGCACACAAAAGAUGCACUACAAAAGAAAUCCAGGCUCUUAAGUUCUUCCAUUGUGGUCCAGAGACUUUUGUGGGCAGAAUUUAAGUCUUUUUUUUUUUUUUUCUUUUUUUUUUUUUAUUAUACAAACUAACAAUUAGUGCAUUUUUAACAGAUUUUUUUUUUCAUAGAUCCUCAUCAGAUUUCAAUGCAAAGUUGGUUUACAGUUUCAUUUGAUGAUUUAAAGUGAAACCUGAAUGUUUUCAAUAAUUCAUUUCCCAAAGAAGAAAUCUAACUUCAUGUUGAUCAUUCGAUUGAAAGUAUGAUAUAUAUAUAUUUUUAAAAUGUUCAUUUAUUGCUUCAGUGAUACUACUGGUUGGUCAUGUUGCUUCAGUUUCAUUCCAAGAGCCUCCAAAACCUCACAUCGCAGGGUGACAUUGAGAAGGUCGGGGAUGCACUUAAGUGUGUGAGCAAAAAGCAAUACAAGCAUUUGAUUGAUUCAUCCCAGUUUGGCUUCAGUUCAUUUUGGCAGCCAAAACAUUGGCUGCUUGGUGAGUCACUCUCUCAUUUUACCUUUUGGUUUGCUUUACAGGGCUUUUUUUUUUUUUUUUUGGGCGAUUCUGGCUUUUCUGUGUUAGCUUUUCACAAUCAGUAACUGUGAUGCUCAAUCUUGAACGAAAUCCCACAAUUGCCUUUAUGAAUUAAACAGAAUAGAGAAGUGGAUGAAGGCAUCGACUGUACAGGAGCUUGUGAAGCAAAUCAAUAACAGUACAGCCCCAAAACUCGAGACCUUUGAACAUUAGACUCAAUGUUUAGUUUUUUUUAAUUUCGGUAAACAUUGCAGUGUUUUAGUUUGCAGGUGUUUCUUAUUUGUGAGAAGAGUGUAUUUCAUAAGCUCUUUAAAACUUUAAAAAGAUUGUGUUCAUGUCUGAUACAGAAUAAAAAUCUCUUCAUCUCA